UUGUAACAUGUCAAAGAGUGUGACUGUGAAUAUUGGAGAAAUUGCCAAUUUCAGCUGUGAAUAUUCAUACAAUCAUAUACAUGAUCCUGAGAUCAUAUUCGAAGAAGGAAAAGACUCCAUUGAGACGAUUUACAGCAGAUGGAAGAUGAAAGAAAGAUUCAGUAUUUCUGAUGAGAAACAUAAAAACUUCUUCAGUGUGAGAAUCACUGGUGUGAGACCUGAUGAUGGAGGAGUUUAUUUGUGUGGAGUUUGGAUCGACAGACACUCGUACAGUUACUCCAUUAUUAAUACUGUUCAUCUACAUAUUAUUGAUUCAUGUUGUGGCGCAUCAGAGACAGUGAGAGUAAAUAGUGGAGAAACUGCUGCUUUCAGCUGUGAAUACUCAAAGGAUCAAAAGUCUCUUAGAAAGAUCAUAUUCAAAACAAGAAAUGACAUCAUUGAUGAGAUGAUCUCCACUGAUGACAAAUGGUAUCAGAAAGAAAGAUUGAGCAUCUAUGAUAACAGACAAAACCUCUUGAGUGUGAAAAUCACUGCUGUGUCACCAGAUGAUGGAGGAGUUUAUUUGUGUGGAGUUUGGAUCAACAGACACUCGUACAGUUACUACAUUAUUAAUACUGUUCAUCUACAUAUUAUUACUAAAGUGGGCCUGUCUAGUGUGAGCGUCUACUCUGGAGGUGGUUUGAUGAUCAAUUGUGAACAUCCUCAAUACAAAACCAAACCAAAAUACAUCUGUAAAGAAUCAGACGGAUGUUCAGAGAGGAAGAGUCCAGGAGUUCAGGAUGAAUGGAUGGAGAAUGGAGAUGUUUCUUUAUAUGACGACACCAGAGCAGGAGUCUUGAUGGUGUUUUUUAGAGAGCUGAAAGCUGCAGAUGCAGGAACAUACAGGUGUGGAGUGAAAGAAUCUGACUAUACUGAGAGAUUCACUGAGAUACAGCUGAGCGUCAGACACGAUGCAAAAUAUCCAAAGAGGGUGACAGAAUCUGUGUAUCUCGGUGGAGAAGUCAUCAUCACCUGUCAGAUCCCAGAGGAACAUAAAGUUAAUGUCUGUAAAGAGGAUGAUAAUCACAUCUGCCAGAACAUCAGCUCAUCUAAAUUGACAGAAAUGAGUGGUUCAUCAGAGAGAAAUGAAGAGAGAGUUGUUACAGUGAGCAUCAGUAAUGUGAGUGUGAGAGAUGCUGGAGUUUACUGGUGUGGAGCAGAAACCAGAGACACAGAUCUGACUUUCAUCUCCCUGAACACUCAGAUUCAGCUCAACCUCAUCAUGCCUCCAGUAGUGAGACGUGAAGGAGACUCUACAACUGGUCCCUUUAUGACAGAGAUCACAGAUUUCUCCAGGAUCAUCAUUAUUAUCAUCAUUAUUAGUGUGUGUGUGAUUCUGCUGCUGAUCGCUGGAUUCACUCUGACUGUCUGCAAGAGACGAGGCGACGCUCACUCACAGUUACCCACAAUCCCCUCUGAUGGGCUCCUGUACACUGCUGUCAGCUUCCAGAAGCAUGAAGAGUCUCUCAGUGAAGCUACAGUCAGAUUCAGUAAGAAUGAGAUUCACUCUGAUUACACAUCUGUCAGUCACCGCAUGAGACUCAACUAACUCACUUUUAACAG